AUGGACUCUCAACCUGAUGAAGAGGAAGUUGACGUUUUUCGCAAUGUCGCACAAGGCUUGGUUGGUAGUUACCUUGAGAUUACUAUACAAUAUUGGCAAGAGUUGAUCAACGAAAUAGAAAUGACAAAUGAGCCAGGCAGCGAAUUCCAGGAUGAUUUCAAGUCACACUCGCUACCUCUGGCCCGAAUAAAGAAGGUGAUGAAAACAGACGAGGACGUUCGAAUGAUAAGUGCAGAAGCACCGAUCCUCUUUGCCAAAGCGUGUGAGAUUUUUAUCACAGAGCUGACGUUGAGAGCGUGGUGCAUUGCGGAGGAACACAAACGGAGAACGCUUCAGAAGAGCGAUAUAGCACAGGCGUUGUUGAAAAGUGACAUGUUCGAUUUUUUGAUCGAUGUCGUCCCCAGAAGCACCGAGUGA